AUGUUAAGUACCUUCCAUCAUCAUCAACAAGUUGCUGCAAUGGCUGCUGCAGCUGCCGCGGCAGCAGCAGCUAAUAACCAUAAUAAUUUACAAACAUCACCUAAAGAUGAAAAUGGAAUUCCAAUUAAUGAGAAUGGAAGAAAUGAUCGGAAUAAUGGGACUGGAGGGGGAGAGUUGAUUAACGAUUAUGCUCGUUAUGGAGAUCCUACAAAAUUUUCAACAAAUCCGGAUGGAAAUCGUUUGAUACAAACAAUGAAUGGAGGACCUAUUUCUCAAAGUUACCAAGAUUUAUCUAGUGGUGUUCAAAAUCAGCCUAAUUCAAUUUUGCGCAUAAUAAUUGAAUGUAUGCUUUACCCGGUUACUUUAGAUGUUCUUUUUAUGAUAUUUUCUCGUUUUGGAAAAGUCCUUCGCAUAAUAACUUUCAAUAAAAAUAAUUCAUUUCAAGCUUUAAUACAAUUAAGUGAAUCUAGUGCUGCAAUGAAUGCAAAAAGUUCAUUGGAUGGUUUAAAUAUUUAUAAUGGAUGUUGCACUUUGCGUAUUGAAUUUAGUAAAUUAAACACUUUAAAUGUAAAAUAUAAUAAUGACAAAAGUCGGGAUUAUACAAAUCCGAAUUUGCCUUCCGGUGAAUUAACCUAUGAACAAAAAUUACAAUUAAUUCUACAAAAUACCCAAUUAACUGGGGGACAUCAUCAACAACAACAAAUUGGGGCACUCCUCCCUUUUGGGGCUGCUGCAGCUGCGGCUGUAGCUGCGCAACAAUUGGCAGCUAAUGUUAAUACUUCUAAUGGAACUGCUAAUACACAAUUUCCGUUUAAUGGGCAAAUGGCUUUACAGCCUAAUAAUGAAUUAUUAAUGGGUGGUGGACAAUUAUUAUCAAAUAAUUUAACUGGAAUAGUUUUGAAUACAGCCUUCCAAUCUGGGGUAGUUAAUACACCUGUUGUUCUUGUUUCGAAUUUGGAUGAGGCUACUGUGACUCCAGAGCAACUUUUCAUUCUGUUCGGAGUCUAUGGAGACGUUAUUCGAGUCAAAAUCCUCUUCAAUAAGAAGGAUAAUGCUUUGAUACAAUAUUCUGAUAUUCAACAGGCACAAUUAGCAAUUCAACAUUUGGACAAAUUAAAAUGGAAUGGGCGAAAUAUUCGAGUUACAGCUUCCAAACACACCCUUGUGCAAAUGCCAAAAGAGGGCCAGCCAGAUGCUGGUUUAACUAAAGAAUUUACAAAUUCUUCUCUUCAUCGUUUUAAAAAACCUGGAAGCAAAAAUUAUAUGAAUAUUUACCCUCCAUGUGCAACGUUGCAUCUUUCCAAUAUCCCAAAUGGAAUGGAUGAGGAUGCAAUUCUCGAAAUUUUUAAAGAUUUUAAAAUUGCUGAGUUUAAAUUCUUUCAAAAAGACCAUAAAAUGGCAUUAGUUCAAUUAGAAGAUGUUGAAACUGCUGUGGCUUUUCUUGUUGCUAUGCAUAAUUAUAAAUUGGCCGAAAAUGCUCAUUUACGUGUUUCCUUUUCUAAAAAAGGAAUGAAUUAAAUUUUAUUUUUUAAUUAAAAUUUUUUUCUGGGAUAAUUAAAUGGGGAUUUUUAAUAACUGAUUCUGAUUUUUUACAUUUUAUGGGGUCAAUUCAUAGGAAUGACCAAUUCGGGCUGAAUUUUUUCCAUUUAACAAUUUUUUAUUUAGCGACUUCUUUAACAUUUUU